AUGGGAAAACGAAGAGCACGGUUCAACGAGAAGGCGAGAGCGUCGUCAUCGCAUGCUACACAGCUGCCGCAUGCCAAUCCAAGGCACUCCUCAAAGAACAUUGGACUGAUCGCUCAAACUGCUCCAGCACAAAUCAAGAACCAGGCUAUUACAGCCGUCCAACACGAUGAAGAGCCCACAUAUCAGUCUUCUGACACUGCUAUCCCAGACAUUUUGAUUCCUGGUGUUGAUGGUCAACAUACCAAAGCUGCCGAGAUGCUGGCAAAGCUACCUAAUAGGCCUGAUGGGAAGAUCACUUCCAAAAAGAGAAAGAGGCUGGAAAAGUUUAUUGAGCAAUCUUUGAAAAAGGAAGAACGAGUACGACUUAUUGAAAAGCUGUCCAAGCAGCAUUUUUCGUCGGAUUUGCUAAAAUCGAGUAAAAAUAUUGGACAGAAGGCAACUGGACGUAAACAUCUAUCUACCUUGGACAUGUACAAUGACUAUGAGGAGGAAAUGCUGGACGGAUCAGACAAUGAUGAUAUGAUGACCGAUAGCGACACUGAAGAAAUCGAAGGAAACAGGUCGAAACGAAUCAAAGUCGAGUCAAUUACUAAGCCUAUGGCAUCACUACCACAACCAUCUAUACCCUCUAAAAUGCCAAUUGUUGAAUCUACAGUCCCGGUAGUUCCUGUCAUUGAUCACUCUGAAGGAGCCAUGAAAACGUCUGUUGCUCCUAAAGCUAUAUCACAGCCUGGUAGUGCCUUGAAAAAGGUUGCUCCAGUAGCAGUUUUGGGAAGUGCACUUAAAAGGCCACAGUUGGGCAGUGCGCUUAAAAAGCAAGAGUUGGGUAGCAGUUUAAAGCAACCUACUACAAACAAACCCAAAAAUGGUACAAACCAACAUGUAAAGGCACCUGAAUCUGAUUCAUCCGAUAGUAGUAGUGAUGAAGAGAUGCCAAUGGUAGAAGAAGCGCUGGCUCAGCCCAAAGUUAGAAAGGGUGCGUGGAUGUCGGAUGUAGUAGGAGGUGAAACAAUGCCUUCAAUACCUAUUGGAGCUAUACCGUCUAGUCUUGUACAAAGGCAGCCAACACCACCACCAACUCCUAAGCGACCCCUAGUUUUGGCUCCACCAUCGUCUGAGAAGGCGGUGUAUGUAUCUCUACCACGUCCCUCAGAUCUCGCCGUAGCUCGCUUGUCUCUACCAGUAACAGGUGAAGAACAACCUAUAAUGGAAUGCAUAAUCGCCAACGAUGUCACCAUUCUCUGCGGUGCAACAGGAUCUGGUAAAACAACUCAAGUGCCUCAAUUCUUACUUGAAGCUGGGUUUGGUGAUCCCAAACACCCCAAAUUUCCAGGCAUAAUAGGUGUUACGCAACCACGUCGAGUCGCUGCCGUCAGUGUCUCGAAACGUGUUGCUGAAGAAACGGGGUGGAAGAAGGGACAAGUGGCAUAUCAGAUUCGGUUUGAUGCUACGACCGUAAAGGAUGGCGUAACGCGUGUCAAGUUUAUGACGGAUGGUAUAUUGUUGAGGGAGCUGAGUACUGCAGCUACCAUACAGAGCAAUGAUGAUGGAUCUAAUAAGCUCACUCAGGAUUUGCUGUUGACGAAAUACUCAUGCAUUAUUGUUGAUGAGGCUCACGAGAGAACAGUUGGAACCGAUAUCUUGAUUGGAUGGCUGGCUCGUAUAGUCAAGCUACGAAAUUCGGGUAAAAUAAAGGGCGUGAAGCCUUUAAAACUAGUAAUCAUGAGUGCUACAUUACGAGUAGAGGAUUUUACCAGCAACCAAACACUCUUCCCACCACCACAAAUACCACCCGUCAUAAAAGUAGAAGGUCGCCAAUUUAAAGUGACGAUACAUUAUAAUCGAAAGACAAAUGAUAUGGACUACUUGGGCGAUGCCUUUAAAAAGAUCUGUAAGGUGCAUACCAAGCUUCCGCCUGGUGGGAUACUUGUAUUCUUGUCCGGCCAGGGUGAGAUUCAAUCUAUAGUCAACAAGCUUCGAAAGACGUUUCCUGCUUCUAGUCAGACUGCACGAGACAAGGACACUAUUGUUGAAAAGCAGGAGGUUGCUCCUAUAGUUGAAGGGCUUUUUGAAGAGACUGAGACAGGAGCAGCUGAUGAUGAUAAAGUUGUUGAUAUUGAUGCAGAUGGGCUAGAUGAUAAUGACGUGGAUCAAGAUUCCGAGGAGGAAGAUGUAGAUGUUUUGGAUGGUGAGAGCGAUGAUGACGAUGCCGACGAGUCAUGGGUCCCUUCUGAGGAACAAAGAGCCAUGCCAUUACACGUCCUCCCACUGUAUUCACUCCUCCCAACCGCCGCCCAACUCCGAGUCUUUGAAUCACCACCACCAGGCUCCCGUCUAUGCGUAAUCGCCACAAACGUAGCCGAAACAUCUCUAACAAUACCCAACAUUCGCUAUGUGGUCGACUCCGGCAAAGUAAAAGAGCGUCGCUUCGAAGCACGUACAGGCACACAAACAUAUUCAAUUGGCUGGACUUCCAAAGCAUCGUCAGAUCAACGUGCUGGUCGUGCAGGUCGUGUCGGAAUGGGUCAUUGCUAUCGAUUGUUUAGUUCAGCCGUGUUUAACGAUCGGUUUGAAGAUUUCUCGCAGCCAGAGAUAUUGAAGACGCCUGUGGAAGGCGUUGUGCUGCAAAUGAAAGCUAUGGGAGUUCAUCAGGUGGUGAAUUUCCCGUUUCCUACUGCUCCGGAUCGAGAUGGGUUGAGAGUUGCCGAAAAGCUUCUGAUACACCUGGGUGCAGUCGAUGCAACAGAUUUACGAGUAACGGAUCUAGGACGAUUGAUGGCUCGUGUACCUGUAUCGCCACGAUAUGCCAAAAUGUUGGCUGUAGCAUUAGAGCAAAGCUCUUCAUUGUUGGCCUAUACUAUAUCUAUGGUCGCUGGCCUCUCUUCUGGUGAUCCAUUUAUUCGUGAUGACGAUGUCAUGGCUCGUCACGAUGAUGACGAAGAGGAGGGUGCUGCUAGUAUUGAGAAGGACCGUCGUCGUCAGAAACGUCGUGAUUGGUAUAGGAUUAUGCAGACCUUCUCUGGAGAAAAUCCCACUUCUGAUGCAUUAAGACUAUUGCACGCAGUCGGUGCAUAUACAGCAGAAUCAGUACGAUGCACUCCACGCCAACUUGAAAACUUUUGUGAAUCGCACUAUAUUCGAUCCAAAGCCAUGUCUGAAACCUUACGUUUACGACGCCAACUAACCACUAUAAUCAAAUCCGAGCUUCCUUCACACCGUAACGUGAGAGCUCUAAUAGUCGACCCAUUCAUGGCACCUCCAGACGCCAAGGCCGCUAUAGCACUACGCCAAAUAAUCUUAUCUGGAUACCCAGACCGUAUCGCGACGCUGGUAGAUGCAAGUGGCACCUAUAUUGGCAAAAACACUAAAUCUGGUAAACCUAUAUAUCGAACCAUGUGGGCAGGACAGCAUGAGAUUGCACAAAUCCAUCCGUCUAGCUGUAUAUAUAGUGUCCGACCUCCGCCUAAAUAUGUCUUGUAUGAAGAAGUAGUUGGACGAGAAGAACGGAUUGCAGCUGAUGCAGAAUCAGUGCUUCUAACACGAUCGGAAAUGAAGUCAUUAGCCAAAGACCCGAAUUCGAUAAACCCGGACGAGCCACCUAAACCAAAAAAGACGUGGUUGAAGGGCUGUGCUGCUAUAUCGGAGUCUUGGUUGUCGACGCUUGGACCAGCGUCGCUGUGUACGCAAGGAAAUAUCUUGGAAGAGCCGAGUCCACGCUAUGAUGCUGCUCAAGAUGCCAUUGUUGGAUUUGCUGCUGCUAAAUAUGGACCACAUGGAUGGGAGCUGCCUGUACGUCAAGUACCUGUGACUGGUACUGAGAGAUUUGUGUGGUUUGCCCGUGAGUUGUUGGAAGGCAAAGUUGUUCUUGAGUCGGUGUCUGAAAAGGCUGGGAAGAAGCAGAGGAAGGAUUUGAAGCAUGUCAUGGGUUCUCUGAGCCAAAAUCUGGUUGGCAAACCAUCCAUUCUCUGUAAACCAUGGUCUAAAGCACAGUCAAGAGUCGUUGAUCUCUUGAAUACUCUAUCAUCAAAUCAAGUGUCGUCGAGAAAGGCUCUACUGCUCAAAUGGACAACACACCCUUCAUUCUUGCUGGAACAACUACUAGCUUGGUUCCCGCCACAAAUGGCUCAAACUCUGAAAGAGAAUUGGCCUCCAGUUGUCAUUCAAGAACAUCUUGGUGAAAUCGAUUCAGUCAAAGCCAAACCUAAAUUGAUGAAUGCGCCACUGCAGAAAAUUGAUGCUGCUGCGCCAGCUAUAGAUUUCGAUGUAGAUAGUGAUUAA